UCUUAGUGUUGAAACAAGUAAACUCUGUCGGUCCAAGUCUGCAAUUUUGGUUCUUAGCUGCUGAGGAGAGAUGAACACUCAAAGUUUUCUGUUCAUUUUCUUUUUAUCGCUUGAAAAUCCAGUUUUCUCACACGAAGAUUUUUACCAGGUCAGAGCAUACUGUGCGUUUAAUGGUCCUAACUUUAACAAUAUUGAGUACACAAUUAUGACUAGCUUCAACAAGCAGAAUAUGAUGCAGUACAACAGUACAAGGGGAAACUGGAUUGGAUUUACACAAUAUUCACAUGUUAAUUCAUAUUACUGGAAUAAGGAUCCUGCUGAUGCGCUUCAAAGAGUACUGCAAAAGAAGCUUAUGUGUUAUGACAACCUACACCAUAUCCGAACAAUGGGAAACCUGUCAACAACACCCACCAUUAGGAUCAAAUUUCUUAUAAAGCCUGAUGGUCGACAUCCAGCCUUGCUUAUCUGCAGUGCUUAUAACUUUUACCCGAAGCAAAUCCAACUAACCUGGCUAAGAAAUAAUCAACAAGUGACUAAAGGGGUCACUUACUCAGAUGUGAUUCCUGUUGGAGACUUGUACUACCACUUUCAUUCUCACCUGGAGUACAUUCCAACUCCUGGAGAAAAAAUCAGCUGCAUGGUUGAACAUUUGACAAUGUCUGAACCAAGGGUUGUAGUUUGGGAUGACUCCCUUCCAAAGAAAGAAAAAACUAAGAUUGUUGUUGGUCUGAUUGGACUGAUACUUGGUUUGGUUAUCCUAAUAUCUGGAUUUAUUUACCACAAACAAAAGUCUGCUGUGUACAACUCGAUCUGCCAAGGACGUGCAGGGAGUGGUGGCCUAGUGACUAGAGCAGAGUGCUUUAAUUCUGAGGAUGCCGAAAGUACCAAGUGUGAACCCCAUAGAUUGCUGUUAUUGGUCCCUGGGCAUCACCCUUAGUCCCAGACUGCUUACCCGGUUUUGUAGCUACUCCCUAGUAGUACUGGAUUAGAAACAGAAGACACAUUUUGUUGUAGAGUGCCAUUGCAAUGACAAAAACACAUCUUUUUCUGAGGAAGUCCUUCAGAACUGAAAUUGUAUGUAAUAAGCUCAACUAU